AUGAAGAAAGCUUUGAAGUUAGUGGUUCUUUUUCUCUUUGCUAUUCCACUAUGCGGCCAUGCGGAGGAAUUCCCGAAGACAUGUUCGAACCUUCCUCCACUGGAAUCAUCUCACAGCUUUCGAUACGAAGUCUCCAAAAACGAGUCUUUAAGAGUCGAAGCUAUGGCUCAUUAUUACAAGCACGCCCAUCAUCAUCAUCAUCAUGAAUCGCCAUGGCCCGACCUUCCCAGAAAGAUGCUGAAAGAAGAAGAUGCAUAUGAGAGGGAAGCCAUGUACAGAGGGAUGAACAAGGACGGUGAAUAUUCGCCUCCUCAAGGUGUUCUUAGACCAGUGUCUCUGCACGAUGUGAGGUUGAACCCAGAUUCGCAUCAUCAUACUGCCCAGAACACGAAUCUGCAGUAUCUGUUGAUGUUUGAUGUUGAUCGUUUGAUUUGGAGCUUUAGGAAGACGGCUGGUUUGCCUACUCCUGGUGAACCUUAUGGAGGCUGGGAAGGUCCUUAUAUUGAGCUUCGUGGUCACUUUGUUGGUCAUUAUUUGAGUGCAACUGCGCACAUGUGGGCAAGCACUCACAAUGAAGCAGUGAAGGAGAAGAUGGAUGCCCUUGUUGGCAAUCUCUCUUUAUGUCAGAAGAAAAUGAACACCGGAUAUCUCUCUGCAUUUCCAACCGAGCUCUUUGAUCGUCUUGAAGCUCUGGAAUUUGUCUGGGCUCCCUAUUACACCGUUCACAAGGUAAUGGCGGGGCUGUUGGAUCAAUAUACGUUUGGGGAGAACGAGGAGGCAUUAAGGAUGGUGACGUGGAUGGCGGAUUACUUCUACGACAGGGUGAUGAAGUUUGUGGAGAAGAACACAGUGCCCAAGUUCUAUGAGAUAUUGAACGAUGAGUUUGGUGGAAUGAACGAUGUGCUUUAUAGGAUUUACCACUUCACAGGCAAUUCUAAGUAUCGUACAUUGGCUCACAUGUUUGAUAAGCCUUGCUUUUUCGGCUUACUUGCCACAAAGUCCGGUGACAUAACGGGUCUUCAUGCGAAUACUCAUCUGGCCAUCGUUAUUGGAGGUCAAAUGCGCUAUGAGAUUGUUGGUGACCCGCUUUACAAGGAAAUAUCCACAUACUUUUUGGACCUUGUUAACACUUCACACGCAUAUGCGACUGGAGGCUCAAGCCAGUCUGAGCAUUGGCAAAAUCCAGACAGAAUGGGUGAAAUUCUAAAAUCCGACACCGAAGAGUCCUGUUCAUCUUACAACAUGUUGAAGGUUGCUCGGAAUCUAUAUAGAUGGACAAAAGAUGUAUCCUAUGCAGAUUAUUAUGAGAGGACAUUAACAAAUGGAGUGUUGGGCAUACAAAGAGGGACAGAACCUGGGGUUAUGAUCUACAUGCUCCCACAAGGUCGUGGUGUUUCCAAGGCUGUUUCAAAUCAUGGUUGGGGCUUUAAGUUUGAUUCCUUCUGGUGCUGUUAUGGCACUGGAAUCGAAUCCUUCUCUAAGCUUGGAGAUACCAUUUAUUUUGAGCAAGAAGAUACAGCCAAUACAAACCCUACUCUUUAUAUUGCUCAAUAUAUCUCAACUACUUUCAACUGGAAAGCUGCCAACUUCCUCCUCAAUCAAACUCUCUCGACUUAUUCUUCUUAUGACCCUUUUGUCCGUGUCACCUUCACAUUUUCUCCCCACCAGGGAGAAGAAGUGCCGUCUUCUACAUUAAACCUUCGGUCAUAUUUGACUAUAACAAGAAAGUGGAGCGCCGGUGACAAUCUCACCCUCAUCUUUCCCAUCACCCCAAGAUUGGAACCCAUAAAAGAUAACAGGCCAGAAUAUAAAACUGUUAAUGCGAUCAUAUUUGGUCCAUUCCUUCUUGUGAGCCACACGGUUGGGGAAGAAUGGGACCUCCAAGUUUCUGAUCUGAACAUGAAGCCAGAAGAUUAUUUGCAUGCAAUCCCAGCCACUAAUCACAGUCACCUCUUCACUUUCUCACAAGACUCUGCAAACUCAAGCUUCGUCUUGACCAACCUUAACGUCACCGACAGUAAAACGUUGGCCAUGGAGAAAUUACCUCAGACCGGCACCGUCAGAGCCACUCAUGCGACCUUCAAUCUGGUCUUACUAGACAGUAUUAAAGACACAUUAUUUGCAGAUAUUAAUGAUGUUCUUGACAAGCCGGUCUUGCUCGAACCAGUUCAUCUUCCUGGGAGGCACUUGAUUCAUCAAGGGCCAGGGAAACCUUUAUUGCUCUCCAACUUUUCCACUGGUUCUUCCGAUUAUCAGUCUUCACAGUUCAGAGUGGUUCAUGGGUUAGACGGGAGAAACGGCAGCGUUUCUAUUGAAUCAAUGGGCAACAAAGGUUGUUUCUUGUACAGUGGUGUAGAUUAUAGCGAAGGUGAAGAAGUGAAGCUCAAGUGCAAAUCUGCAGAUUCAUCGAAUGGUACAAGUACAACGUUGUUCAACAAGGCUGUCUCUUUCGUUGCCGCUAAGGGACUCAAAGAGUACCAUCCCAUUAGCUUUAUUGCUAAGGGCUUAAACACGAGUUAUCUCAUGGAGCCUAUUCACUCCUUUGCAGAUGAUUUUUACACCCCCUACCUCAAUAUUCAUCCUUGA